CUAGUUGAGAACCAAAAAAGAAAGUAUAUAUAUAGGAGCAAAACUUAGACAAUUCUAUGGUCUUUGUUCCCACUUUGACGCCAUCAUAAGAGAAGAAAACCAAUAACAAACAUCUUAGACCAGUCAUAGAAAGAGAAAAACAAAUCAAUCUUCUCUUUGUGUUUCAAAAUUGCAAAGAGAACAAAAGAAGUUAUGAGUGAUUUAAAAUAUCGACUAAAGGUGAUGGUGAUGAUGAUGGCGAUCGUUUCUUGGAGAUGUGUUUUGGGAUUGGAGAACAUAAAUCCCAUAUUCUUCGAUGAAGGUCUUUCUCAUUUAUUUGGUGAAUCUAAUCUCAUUCGAUCUCCUGAUGAUCGCAGCGUUCGAUUACUCCUCGACAAAUACACCGGGUCAGGAUUCAUAUCUUCAAGCAUGUAUCAACAUGGAUUUUUCAGUUCGUUGAUAAAGUUGCCAGGAGCUAACACGGCCGGUCUUGUAGUCGCCUUCUAUACAUCAAACGGCGAUGUGUUUGUGAAGAACCACGACGAAUUAGACAUAGAGUUUUUAGGGAACGUUGAAGGGAAGCCGUGGCGGUUUCAGACAAAUAUGUAUGGAAACGGUAGCACAAGCCGUGGCCGUGAAGAACGUUACCGUCUUUGGUUUGAUCCUUCCAAGGAGUUUCACCGUUAUAGCAUCCUUUGGAACCCUACCAAAAUAAUAUUUUGGGUAGACGAUGUGCCAAUUAGAGAAAUCAAAAGAAAAGAAGAAAUGAAAGGAGACUACCCGCAAAAGCCAAUGUCUCUCUACGCAACCAUUUGGGACGCCUCAAGCUGGGCUACUUCCGGCGGUAAAUUCGGAGUCGAUUACACAUUUUCACCUUUUGUCUCUGAGUUCAAAGACAUUGCUCUUGACGGUUGUAAUGUCUCCGAGUCACUAACCACCGUCACCAGAGAUAACUACAACAAUAUCAAUUGUUCUGCCUCGGACCAACUUCUCAUGACCAGCGAUUACUCAACCAUUAGUCCUAAACAAGCAGCUGCAAUGCGACGGUUCAGAGAGCGUUACAUGUAUUAUUCGUAUUGUUAUGAUACCGUACGAUACGCGGUACCUCCGCCGGAAUGCGUGAUUUUAACAGCUGAGAAGGACCGGUUUAGGGAUACAGGACGGUUGAAGUUUGGUGGUAGUCAUACCAAAGUGCAUAGAGCACGGAAAAGACGGAGGCGGAACCGGUCCACGCCGGUGGUAUCGGCUGAACUAUAGCAUUAAUUAGUUGAAUUGAUUCCCGAGUAUGUAUAUAUAUAGUGUUUUUGUUAUAGAUUUCAACAUGUUUUCACGUUUACAUUUUAAAAUAUUUCUUAUAUA